AUGGUUCAAUUACCUGAGCCGUUCGCAUCCAUCCCUAUCUAUCAGAUCCGAUACCCCAGGCCCUCUCCUAUUCAUGAAUUCGGCACAAAUCUAAAGGCAGCUACGCGGGUCCCAAACCACCCCGAGUUGCGAGUAUGGAUGAAACGCGAUGAUCAAGCAGCGCCCAUGGUCUGCUGUGGCAACAAAUACCGAAAGCUGGAAUACAUUAUUCCAGACAUCCUCAGCACCCCAGGAGUGACUACCAUCGUAACAGAAGGUGGGCUACAGAGCAAUCAUGCCGUCCAAGUUGCGGCAGUCAGCGCAAAGUUGGGACUUGAGUGUGUGCUGCUGUUGGACGAGCAGGCUGGUGGACUUGACGCUUCAGAGAACCCAGAAAUAUUCCGCUCCACUGGCAACAUCCAAAUCUGCCAAUUGCUUGGUGCUGAUAUCCGUGUCUUUUCGGGAUCUUAUGACAAAGAUAGUGUCUUGGCUGAGCUCCGGUCUACGGGAAAGGUGCCCUACUGGAUCCCAAUGGGAGCUAGUAUGCAUCCCUUAGGUGGAUUGGGAUAUGCUCGUUGUGCUUUCGAAAUUGCCACGCAAGAAGAAGAGCUUCGAUUGGAGGGAACCGGCAGGUUUGACUAUAUUUUUCUACCCUGUGGAAGUGGGAGCACUCUGGCCGGACUUAUAGCAGGAUUUCGACUGCUCGAGAAGAGUUCAACGGGGGGAAAGCGGCUCCCUCCGCGACAGAUCGUUGGCCUCACGGUAUCUCCGAAGGAAGAACAGGAGAAAACGGUCUUGGAAAUUGCACGUACUACCGGUGGACAUAUCGGGCUCGAUCCACAAUCUGAUUUGAACUUGAGCGAUGUUCGGCUUGACCACCGGUCUCAUGGGACCGGAUAUGGUAUUCUCGACACUGAUACUGAGAGAAGCUUGAGGGAAAUUGCCAUACAAAAUGGCGUUCUCAUGGACCCUGUUUACUCGGGAAAGGCGGCAGGUGGAAUGAUCUCAUUCCUCAGAAGCGGGGAGUUGGAGGCAGAUGCUAGAAAAUGGGGACACGCCGGGGCAGGGUCUCUGAAUAUUCUUGUGCUCCAUACGGGUGGUCAAACUGUAUACUCUGCCUAUGCCACCACUCCGACUACGGCAUGA